AUGCAUCGCCAUCGCCAUCGCCGUCACCAGCUUUGGAUCUGGGUCACCGGAACGCCUCUCCAGGCCGGUCGGGAUUGCACAUGGCGCUCUUGUCGACACGGCGGUUGUCUCUGGUUGGCUGAGAGCGGCAACGGCAAGGGUCGGGUGAUGGUGGGAGGCGCGGGAGGCUGCUGGUUUGCUUGCCCAGAUCUCGUAGCCGAUGCUGGGUAUCGAUCUCGGGGAUGCACUGUAUUCCAGCUUACCGCGGUAGGCUUGACCGACAGACCCAGGGUGGUGGUCAGUGGUGAUGGUAGGGAGGGCGUUCAGCUUGUACCCGGCCUGGCGCGUGCAUCGUCUUCAGACUUUCAGUCCUUUGGUGCGAUUGGCAUCUGGCACGCAUGGCAGGGGCGCCAGCUCGAGGUGCGACGCAGAAGCUGA